UGUGUGUGUGUGUGUGUGUGUGUGUGUGUGUGUGUGUGUGUGAGAGAGUUCUUGCUCUCAACCAAUCUACAGAGAUCAUUGAUUAGCAAGGAAGAUUUAAAACCAAGCAGAGGAGACGGACGAGACAGUCUGACUGAAUCCACUACAGCUGUCAACGCACAAUUUUAGAAGGCUGUAUUACCGAGGGUCAGCAGCGCUGCGCCAGGGCUCGUGCAGCACCGGAGCCGGCUUGGAUCGGCGGUGCCCCAUAUAUAUCUACGGCAACAAAACUUCACUGAAAAUGGACACUUCCCGACUUCUCUUCCUCAUCUUCAUGGUGAUAACUACAUCUGAAUGUUCAGGGACAACUGAGCCCAAAUGCCAAAAGAUGGACAAGAGGUCAUACACCCUGUUGGAAGGGGAGGCAUUUUAUUUAGAGCCUUACGAUGUUGCAAGCGGCCUCUCUGAUGAAGAUAUCGAAUGGUACAAAAAUGAGACAAAAAUCCCCACUGACAAGAACGAGAAUGUACAUUACCAUGGUGAAGCACUCUUUUUCUUAAACCUCCUCCCUGAGAACUCUGGCAAUUACACUGCCUGGGAAACAGACCCAUCAUCAGGAAAGUGCUACAAAUAUGAUGUGGAAGUUAAUGUCGUCAAAUCAAGCUAUAUGAAGAACUUGCUCUACGGAGAAAUCAAAAACUCAGACAUGAACAAAAUGAUGCCAUGUCCAGAUCCUGUCAAUAAAACAUGUCAAAGGUUGAAAGGAAAAUUCAGGUGGAACAAGGACAACAAACCCCUUCAAGGUCACGAUCGAGAUCAUCUUUGGAUUGCUAAUACUAGCAAAGAUGACGAGGGAAUCUACACGUGCAUUUGUACCUGGACAUACAACGGCAAGGAGUACAACUCGUCAGCCUCCAGGGAGCUAAAGGUUGAAGAUAAAGUUGCCAACCGUGGGUUAAAGUUCAUCUCUCCGAACAACAAGGAGCAGUUGGCUGAUGAAGGCGUUGGGAUCAAGCUGAACUGCUCAGUUUUCUGUGGGACUACCAAGAUAAGUGACUGCAAUGCUAGCUGGAUGGUUGAUGGAAUCCACUUCCCCCCGAUCAAUGGAUACAAUCAAACCACCAAAACCGUCACUGAGAAACCUUCAAUGAAUACCUUCUCCACUGCAAUCCUGACCAUCGAAAAAGUGUCUGCUAAAGAUUUCAAAACUGAGUUUAAAUGCUCCGUCGAAGGCAUGUUCGAAAAGGCAUCUGCCCCUUUAACUCUUAGGCGGAGAGAGUCAAUAAUCCCACUGGUCAUUGGAGCAGUGUGUGUGCUGUUCUUCGUUGUGUUGGCCGCCAUGCUAGUCAAGUGCUUCGCUAUCGACCUCACUCUCUUCUUCAGAUCCUACUUCCCAUUAAGCAGUUACAAUAAAGAUGGCAGGGUGUAUGAUGCCUACGUGGUCUACCACAUGCAGAGCAUGGACAAGGCCACCGAGGACGCACUCUGUCAGUUCGUCAACGAGGUUUUGCCCUCAGUCCUCGAGGAAAAAUGCGGAUAUCGACUCUUUAUCCACGGGAGGGAUGACAUACCCGGGGAAGACCGUCUGGAGCUAGUGGAGGAGCGCAUGAAGCAGAGCAGGAGGCUGAUGGUCAUCCUCACCCCGGGUUCAGGAUCAGAGUUACAGAGCAGAGACCAAUGUCCUGCCUCGCCCCAAAACUCAAUGAUAGGAGGGUUUGACUGGCAGGUGGGGCUCCACCAUGCGUUGUUCCAGAGGGAAAUGAGUGUGAUUCUGGUCCAGCUGGGGGCCACUGGGCCACAAGGAUACACACACCUUCCCGCUGGCUUGCAGCACCUGAUUCUCCAGAGCGCCCCUAUUAAGUGGCCAGAGGGUUCGAGUGGCGCUGCCGCAUGGAACUCACGCUUUUGGAAGAGAGUGCGAUACCUAAUGCCUGCAAUACCUGCAAUAAAAUGUCCACAGUCUGCUAUUAUUUGAAACCCUUAUGGAUUUGCUUUGACCUUCCUGGAAUGACAGAUACUGUAUGUAGCAUGUGCAAAACAAAAGGGUCCAACCGCACCAGUCCCAUCACACAGAUGUGUGGGAUCACAGGCAUCAGUUCUAUGUAGGAAUGAUGCUAAUGGGUCCAUAUAGAAUUGUGUAUUUAUGGUUAAAGAAGUUUAUUCCGCCAUUAAACUGUGGACAUUUCAUUGCAUACAUCAUACACACCUAUAAUUUCGUUUAGGUGAAAUCCUGCGGGCAAAAAAAAUAAAAUACUAACAAUCCCAUUCUGAGGUUGCAGCACCGAUCAUUAACAGAAUUAUGAUGUACAAUCAUUUAUUUAUUUUUAAUGUCUCUGGUUUGUGUCCAGGGAACUCUACAAAAUCGUUUAAAAGAACAUUUCAGAGCGAGUCACACUCUUCUGACAGCGCUUUGCUACAGUGGCUUGACUAAUAUGCUCCGCAUUAAUGUUGUAAA